AUGAAGCUGGAGAGCGAAAAGGAAGAGCUGGAAGCACGGAUCGUGCGAUUGCAACAUAUUAUGGCUCAGAAUAAAUUCGAGCAUAAUGCGAGAAGGAAGGAACUCGAGAAGAAACUGGAAGAGGAGCAGUGUUUGCAUCGAGAGACGGAGCGAAAGAAACGCGCGAUCGAGAGAGAGGUCAAGGCGAGUAUGGCUCAGUUCGAAUAUAUUAAACGGCACCUGACCAACGUGAUGGUGGAGCUUGCAGAGGCCCGUGCGAAGAACACGGUCUUCGAUUCCCUCAUGCCGAUUCCGAAGCGACUUCAUAUCUUCCCGUCGCAGCCUACUCAGGGCGCAAAGCUGGCGAGGAAAUUGUACGAAGAACAUAAGGCAAGCCUCUCGUUUCUCCUUAAUAAUGAGAAAUGGCAACCAGUGGAAGUGCCUGCUCAACUUCAGGAAGCAGUCGAUGCCAUCGUGCGUAGAGAUUCGUUUGCUGCGGACGAGAACUCCCGUACUGAGUCGACGCCGAAGUCACUAAGGGUGGCGGGUGAAGAGUUCCUUGCAGUCGGCGCCGUAUUGCUGCUGGUGAAGACCAUGUCGACGUUCAGUGCUUAUGCCGAGCUCUACCAUUUCCUCACUCCCCAUCUGCAUUCUCGCCUGGUCGACUUGCUGCAGUUCUAUGAUUUCAGGGUUCGGUCCCUUCUACUAGGUGCUGAAGCACGGAAAUGCGCGGGCUUAAGAAUCAUCACCGUCCGUCACUUAGCCCUGGGUUUGCGGAGUCUGCAGCUCAUUCGGAGGCUCAUUCCCAGUUUUCACUCUCGUUUCCUUUCCCUGAUGGACAGCAAAGACGAUCCUGAUCCCAUCAUUCAGUACAGUCUGGAACAGGUUCAGAUGAACUUUGGAGUCCAUUGCAUCAGCAUUUCUUCAAGGCUCGUCAGCAUCCUCACUUUCGCCUUUGGCUAUCGGCUGAGAUAUUGGCAACCCGAACCACCCGUGCCUUCUGCCACUUUCAGGUCACGAGUCUGCAUUUAA